CUUAUUUAUUUACUGCUGUACUUCUUUUUCAAAGAUGGCAGCGGACAAGAUGCAAUCUUCAGAAAUUGACUGGAAUUAUCCAAAUUUAUUUACUAAGGAAAGACUUUUAAAGGUUAUAAAAUCGCACUGUAUUGAUUUACCAAAUCUUGACACUCUCGACAAAGAUGAACUGAUAGACAUUUACAACAGAUGCUUACUUCCUCUGCCUCAGAGAAAGUACCGUUCCAAUUGCCGAGGUGUUUUGAUGACCAACAAACAGAUUCUGUUAGCAAAGAGGUCAAAAUCUACUGCAAAUGAAGUUUCUAAAAAUUCUGCAGACGUCCAAGAGAAACCUAUGCCACGUUUUAUGUCUUCAUAUAAUCCAUCGACUGAGUCAACGACACAAGUGAAGCCACCAGUUUCAUGCAUAAAUUUUGAUAGGAAAACGAUCAGGUUAAAUUCUCGUAGCGGUUCUUUGUCUGUGGACAAUGGUCAGUCCACCGUUUGUGAGCGAGUGGACAUCACACCGGAUUCAAAGGAGGAAAGCUGUACACCGGAUUCAAAGGAGGAAAGCUGUACUACGGAAUCAAGCAAUAAAAAUAACCACUGUACUCAUGAGAAAUCGUUAGAAGAAAAUUUGUCACCGGAAGAAGCAAAAAAGAGACCAUCAGAAAACAAUGUUCACCAUGAGAGUGAUGUACCCGAGAAAAAGAAGAAAAUUAUUCCUCGUAUCACUUGGCCAUAGCAGAUGUCUCAUGUAGGGCAGAUAACUAUAUUCAAAAGUCCAGUUAUUAUCCUCUUACCAUUUAUGUUUUGACAGCAGUGUGUUAAUUCUUCACAGGAUAUCUGUCAGGUUUCCAGCUAAUAUCCUACUAUCACACAAGCAUACAUACAUACAUACACAGACACCAAUAAACACACUAUGUCAGAGUGUUUCAUUAUAGGAUAUCUGUUAGGUUUCCAGCUCAUAUCCUUCUGUCAUACACGUGCAUACAUACAUACAUCAUUUAUGUUCGACAUCAAUGUAUUAUUGUUAAUGGGAUAAUCAUUGUUUUCAUCUAAUAAGCAAUAUAAAAAAAACAUCUACGUUGCUUCCUUUUUUUUUUUUAUAUUCCUUCCUCUCAGUAAUUUAAAGUUCAUCAACCAACAAUAAUAAUUUCUUCUACGACACUGGUCAUGCUCAUACCAUUAAGUAUUGUCAUUGUUUCUUCUUCUAAAAAGAAGAACCAAAAAUCCCUAAGGUUUUAUGCCUUAGUAUUGUCAUAAUUUUCCCACCUACUCUAAUAGCUCAAUCUUCAUGCGUAUAGGAGCAGGGGAUUCAUUAUUUAUUGUCUUCAUAGUAUUGUACAAAUGUAAUAUAUUGGCUGGGGGUCAGUACAUUAAUUGAAAGGGUGGUAUAAUUUUAACUUAAUUUUUUACUGUUUCAUCAGUUAAAAAGAUAAUUAAGUUUUCAGAUUAAAAGUUAUACAUGGCCAAAUUGCACCAUAAACAAACUUAAUGUCACAUAAUUUUUUUCCAUGAAAAAAAAAAGAAUUCUUUACUAACAAUUACAUUAUAAUACCUAUGAUAAUAAUAAUAAUAAUAAUGUUCAUGAUCAGAAUAACAAUGCCUCGAAAAGAAAUUCCAGUGAAUGCUGUGCUUCUCUCAAUAAGUACAUGGACUUUGAUAAGAACUGAUCCAGAUAAAGCAUCUCUUGGUACUCAUUCAUGUUGGAAGCUUACUAAAACUGUGAAACAUUGAACUACCAAACACCAUUGCUGUGAUGAACAGCUCAUAUUUGAUAUGGUUUGAUAUUUAUAUUUAAAUUAAAUAUUUUUCAUCAUGGGCAACUAACUGUUUCGAUUUUUGCUAAGCUAGCUAGCUAAAACUGUUCCUCACUUAGAUUAUAUAUCAUUAGAUCAUCCUUCUCACUCAAGGUUUUAGCUCUAGAAUGUUUGUUCAAGUUUAAGGUUUAUACACGAUGUCAGCUCACUAACUUAGCUUCUCUCUAAUCAUAUACAGGGUUAACUUAUCGUAGAAGAUAUUUAAAAAUUGUAGCUCUUUCUGUAUUGUAGUAAGUAUAUCUUGCAAAAUAAUUGAAGCUAAAGAAUUUUACUUCAUUUUGGUCUCUUAAAUAUCUGAAGGUCAUGCAAUUUUUUCUGGGAAAUUUUUUCACAGAUAUUAGCAUUCUGUCAGAUUUUCAUUUUUCUGUAAUUUCUAUUAAUGAUGUUAGUUACGAAGUCUUUUGUUAUACAUAUUUUUAGAUUAUAUUCACUCCGGACUUGUUAGGCAAGUAAUUAACUUAGCAUCAGCUAAAGGCUCAUUUCACGUGUUGAAACUGUCCUAUUGCGAAGUUUACUUUCUUUUCUGUUAUCCUUUAAACGAUAAGUUAGUUCCAUUUGUUGUUGACCGGUCUUGCAGAGAUUUUGAUGUUUUCCUUUAUACUUAGGUUAAAAUUUAUUCUGAAUGAAAAUAUUUUGAACUUUUUUAAGUCGCAUCUCGAUAUGAAAGAAAGUAUUUAUCGUAAAAUAGCAACUUCUCUAUACUUCUAUCUGUAUGAAAAAAAAAGAAAGGGAAAAGAAAAAU